AUGUUUGGAAGACGACUAAACAAAGUCGAUGAAAAUCAAAAAACAAAAGAAAAAAUUAUCGACGUUAUUAAAAGUUUAAACGAUCGACUAAGAUAUUUAAAACAAUUAUACGACGUAUUACCAACUGAUGAGCUACAAUCAUUUUUCAAACAAUCAUAUCAAUAUGUAUUUCAUUUAUUUUUCGAAAACUUUUGUCAAGUUGAAAAUAAUAUAACAAGAGCCUUUUCCAAACAGAAUCAAAUUGAACUUGAUUAUGUGACAAAUUUACUUGAGCGCAUUUUAACACUAUUACCAGUUUUGGUUCAUCAGCGAUGGCAAGCUCAUUGUAUAUGUAAUAUAAUCAAAAAAUAUUUUGUUGUUUGUAAUAGUCCUCAGGGUGUUGCACGUGGUAUUCGCUUGUUCAUAUUGUGGUAUCAAAUAUUAGGCAAAAAUGCAGUUGAUGAUGAACAUUAUUUAUUCAAAAAUUUAAUAAGAAAUUGGAAUCAAUCAUUGGGUAUAAGUAAUAAUAAUACAGGAACAAUAAAAUCAAAUAGUGAAAAAACAGAUUUAUAUGAUGAACCUGAAAAGGAACGAUUUAAAACGGCUCCUGAUUAUUUUCGUUGGGUCGACAUUGUACCAAUAUGGCCAAAAAAUGCAAAUGAGCACGAGCCAAGCGUUGAUCGUUGGUUAUCUUAUGUGUUACAUACAAUGUCUGACACAUGUAAACGUGUACUAUGGGAGCCCGAUCACACUGCUAGUCGUAUACAAAAACAAGAAGAUUGUUUUCGAUUUUUAUUCAAUAUGUUCAAUAAAUAUUAUUUACCAGCAUUAUUUCCCACAUUUUCAAAUGAAAAUAAUAUUUAUGAUCCAAACAUGCCAAUAGCCAUACCAGAUAUAAAUAAGAUUGGUAUAGAUCGUCGUCGUAAACAGGGCUGUCUAUGUCGUACAUCAUAUGUAAUGUGGUUACUACCGUUUAUAAACGAUGUACAAAGUCGAGAUAGAACUUUAACGCGUGUUCCACCGAUCACUGCUCAACAACAACCGCAGUCUUCAACAGGACCCUACAUGCAACCGCCAAACUUGACAUCUCUUCCAAGUAAUAUGAGUGUGUCUACAGGUGGAAAUAUACCCAUGAAUGAUCCCACAUCACCAUCGUAUAAUGAACCUUAUAACAUACUUAUGGGUGCACGAAACGUUGCCACAUCAUCACAAACACCACCUGAUUCAGUUAUGUUAGAAAUCGGUCAAAAUGUAGUAUUAUCUUCGAGAGGAUAUAUUAAUUUUAUACAUGAAAUUUUUCGUCAGAGUUAUUUGAUGUCCGAUGAUAAUGGCACAGCAGCCUCUCAUAUACUACGUUCUGUAAAUAAUUGGAUUAAGGAAAAACAGUCACGCCCAGUAUUUAUGUUGGAACCUGAAAGCGAGCAUAACCUAUGUCGUUCAUCAGCAUCAUCCGUAACAAUAACGAGUAGCAGUAAUCUGGACAAUGAUACAGAUAACCAUUUACGUUUGGGUCUAGAUCGUUGGUUGCAAAUAUUUAUGACACAAUCAUUUUAUAUGUUUCUUGUUCGAUCCGGUGCAACUGAAGAUCAACAAAUGACUACAACUUAUCCACAAGAACAAUUUCAGAGAGAUCGGUUACUAGCUGGUCUUGUGACAUUUUAUAGAAAAUUACCGUUAAGACAUACACCCGAUAAAACAACAUGGGAUUUGAUGUUACGUGUUAUGCUUAAAGUAGCUCAAGUAUCAUUGCCAGAUAAACCGCCGCAAUUUUAUAAUCAUUCCCAUGUGGAAAAUACUAUUAAAACGUUAUUGUAUUUAUUUCAUUCGGCUGCACUCAGUAUUAGUGUUGAAUUAUGGAAUAGUUUAAGUGAUACGUUGUCAUCGAAAGUAGCAUGGCCAGAAGUAAUUGAACAGUGGGAUUUAACAAUGAGAGGAUUAACAAAAGAUCUUGGUAGACUUGUUUAUAAUGUUGAAACAGAAGUAACAACAGUAAAUGCAAUGACAACAAUCCGUAAAGGAGGAAAAAAAAUUGUACAAAUAGGUGAACAAGAGCAUGGUAAUCAAGCAGCAUCUUCUAAUGAAAAUCGAACCAGACGUGGUAGAACAUUGAGUUCAGAUGAUGAACAUGAUCUCAGUGAUCCAAGAGUAAUGGGUACAUUAACCACGACUAGACGUAUACGAACAAAUAGCGACGACAGUGUAUUAUCACAUCCAUUCCAGCCAAACAGACCAGCAUUACCAACAAUUAUUAGUAAUCAUGUUGGAGAAGCGUUAGAACAACCAAUUCAAUAUAAUCUAGACGAAAAUUUUACAUCUAAUUUACCUAAACAGUUUACGGAUAAAAGAUCAAAUUUGGGUAUACAAAUAGCAAAAGAGUCACCAAGUCCAAUAAACGAAAUGCAUGGUCUUGAUUCGCCAACAAGUGAAGGUUUAAGUGAGGAUUUUGGUGGUAGCAGUACUGGUGUUGGUGAAACGAAUAGUAUAGGAAGUUUACAAGGAGCAGCUGAUAGUUCAAUAGCAGAUGGUCCUAGUCUUAGCACAAAAAGUAGUGCUUUUCAUAUUGAUUCUCGUUCUCAUUCCAAUACACUAUCGGAAACAAACUUGUUAGAUCAACAUAUGUUACCACUAACGAAAGAAUAUCCAAUCAGUUAUUCAACAGUUGAUAGUCUUCAUUCUUUUCCACAAGAUUCGACAACAAUAGACAGUAGUGAUACAGCUAUGGGUGCGAGGGAUAAUUCUAGUCUACCAUUAGAACCAGAAACAGCGUACACGGCUUGGUUUCGUAUGCUAGGAUCAUUAGGCAAUAUAAAUCAAAUACAAUCACCGGACCAACAUAAUCGUAUUAUGAAAACAUUAUAUGAAAUAUGGAAAAUACUUUGUAGAAUACAUGAAGGAUCAAAACAAACUAGACAAGGUGAUGUUUAUUUUAAUGAACCACCAUUACUGAUAUUUGCUCCAUGGCUUUACGAGGCUAUUCAGACAUUACCUCAAACACAUCGUGAAGGAAAAUUAUCUGCUUAUAAACUAUUGUGUUCAAUAGGCGUUUAUAAUCAUGAUGAACCGCCCUCUCAAGAAUUUCUUGACAUGUUUUUAUUGACAUUAUAUCAGGGGUUAAAUUCUGGUGAUCAGGAUAUUAUCAAUGCCAUAAUUAGUUCAUGUAAAGCAGAUUUAUUUCAUCGUUGUUGGCCAUCAUCAACAUUACUGUUGCCAUUGUUUACUGACGCUUGUUGUCAAAUUGGUCAGCAAGCAUCGAUUGUUGAUGGAAAAACGAAUCCAAAAGUGGAAGCUCUUACAAUAUUAAGUAGUUUAGUUUGUUUUCCAAAUCAUUUUGAACAACUCGAUGUUUUUAUUUUGAAAGAAAAAGAUUAUUCUACUGUAACUAUGGAUCGUGCCUAUUUAAAACGAAUGAUAAUGAGAGAUUUAAUAAAAGCAUCAGAGAAAGAUACAAUGCUAGAGUCAAGAGAAAUAGCUCUGUGUGGUUUGGCUAUUUUUAUUUGUGAAGAAUUGAAACAUCAACGAUUAGAAUCUCCCAUUAAACCAUUUAUGUUAUUUAUUGUGGAAAGUCUGCAGAGUGCUGAUUCAACAAUGUUUGCUGCCGAUAUGCUACGUUUUUUAUCGUCCUAUGCUACUUUAUUGUCAAAUCAUCGUGACAAUGUUUCCGGUAAUUUAUACGUAUUAAUUAUUGAUGGUAUAAUAAACACAUUAACUUUCAAUAUACCAUCUGAUGUUGGUUCAUUAUUGCGUAAUAAUGUUCGCAUUAUAAAAUCAUUAAUAUUUGCCCUACUUGACUGGAUUUUACAUAUACCCUAUCAUUAUCUUGUUAAUAUCACUUCUCAUAAUAGUCCAACGAUAAAAACUGCCCAACAUCAACAACAAUCUAUAAUACAGCGAACAUUUUCAAUUUUAAUUGAUCUUUAUCGUGCUAGUGAUAGAUUACAGAGAGAACAACAAGAAACAACGACAACGGAAGAAAUACCGUUGAGUCAAUCGAUUAAAUUGUGUGCAAAAUUUGCCAUUAUUUGUCUGUUAAGUGAACAUUCACAUUUUCCAAUAUCGGAUGAUGAUGCUUCACUUGUAACAAGUUGUGUUAAUGAAGGACAUGAUUGGCCAAAUAAAUAUAGUCAACAACAAUUACAACAACAAACGGAUUCUGUGUCACAAGAUAGUAGUUCAAUAACAGAUGAAAUGACCGUUCAAUCAGCCAAUAUUCAAUUAUUUGUUCUUCAUAAUGAUUUUCUUGUAUCGUUUGUAGAAAUACCGUCUGAUUGUACAACUCCUACAGACGAGAAUACAACAAAUGAAACUGAAGAAAAUCAUCAAACAGCAAGUUCUUUAACAUCAAGAUCAACAAUUUGUCGAACAAUCGUGAGAGAUUUGUGUGGAAAAUAUUGUUGGGAUAGUUAUGCAUGGGAUAUUAGUCACGAAUCAAAAGCAAUAGUCACAUCAACCGUUAACAAAUCUAUGGAUUUGACAUGGCCAUCUGUAUCAACCUAUGAACCAAUGGUUACUACGCGUGGUAUCACAGUUUCGAUAAAUGAAUCAGAUAAUUUACCAACUUAUAAAAAUCAAACACCAGAUGUUGAUAUUUUAGAUAAAUUAUUACAAUAUAUUUAUAAUCAAAGUCCAGAAUUAGCAUUCUACUCUGAUAGAACAUUAACAGAUGUAUUUCCAACUCCUACUGUGAUUAAUAAAAAUGAUGAAACAGGAAUAAUACGAAUGAUCAACGAACAGGAAACAUUGGAAAUCGAUUAUUAUAAAAAUUUAUUGGAGAAAAAACAACAACAACAACUACAACCACAACAACAAGUCUCACAAGAAAAGUUGGAUGUUCCGAAUAGUAUUCAAAAUAAAAAUCGUACACAUUCAAACAUUUCAAACAUAUCAUCAGCUACAACAACAAUCGAUCAACGAAAUGAUCGAUUUGCAUUAUGUCGUUCUCAUAUUAAUCAACUUGGUUUAAUUUUGUUUGAAAAUCGAAAUAAUAUUGAAUUAUUAAAUACAUCAAAAUCAAAUUCUAAUCAAUUAUUACGUGAAAUGAAGCAUUUGGACACAUUGCAUUGUCGUGAAACACAUAAAAUUGCUGUCAUUUAUAUUGGUUAUGGUCAAGAGGAUAAAACAGCCAUAUUUAAUAAUAUGAGUGGAAGUUCAAAUUAUGAAGAAUUUUUAUUAAAUCUUGGCUGGGAAGUUGAAUUAUCGAAACAUACUGGAUUUAAAGGUGGUUUACAUCCAUUAAAAAAUACGUAUUCUGUUUAUUAUGCUGAUACAUUAGUGGAAAUUAUGUUUCAUGUUGCAACAAAAAUGGGCACAAGUCAUAAUACAAAUGAUGAACAUCAUCGAAAAAUACGUCAUAUUGGAAAUGAUGAAAUACAAAUAAUAUGGACGGAACAUUAUCACGAAUAUGAUCGAUCAAUAAUAGCCAGUCAAUUUGGAGAUGUAUUAAUUGUUAUACAUCCAUUACCUAAUUCAUUGUAUAGAAUUAGGAUAGAUAAAACUAGUCAAACAACCAAUUUUGGUCCAUUAUUCGAUGGUGCAAUUGUUGAUAAAUUUGUAUUGGCUGAAUUAGUUCGUGUUACAGCAGUUAAUGCAAGUCGUGCACGACGAACAACUCUAAAUAAUCAUUGUGAAUUUUAUGAAGAACGACAUCGUAUUAUUAACAGUAUUAUACGUACACAUAAAAAAGAAUCAACAUAUGAAGAUUUCUUGGCAAAAGUUUUUAGUCCGUAUGCAACCAAAACAUUGUGUAUGUAA